AAGACAAUGACCACAACAACAACUACAAGACUAAUGCGUGACUCAUUUGAUCGUUUCGGCGAUGAUUUGGCCAAUCUAUUGUUGGCGUAUCUGAUGAUAACACCUGAAGACAAAUUGAAACUACAAUUAGUUAGCAAACAGUGGCAGUCGGUGUUGUUUGGCGUACAGACUGACCUCACGAUUGAUAUCGAUCGCAGACAUUACAAACAAAGAGUUAAAUUGUUUGCUAUGAUUCUACAAAAGUGUCCAAAUAUUACCGGAGUUGUCAUUACCCACCGUUCUGACUGCUCUAUCGAUGAAUUAGUUGAUCUAUUGAUGACAUACUGUCCUCAUUUGUUGCACUUAAGACUUCAUAUACUACAUCACGAAUGUCAUCUGAAUUGGGAUACUUUUGACCGACUAUUGUCGUCAUUUGGACCACAAUUGCAGACAUUGGAGUUAACGACUGUAUUUAGUAUAAACAAUAAACUAUUGGUCCGUAAAGUCAGCGAUUUUGUACCGCAACUCAAAAAACUGAUGAUUGGCUACAUUGACAGAUCAUUCAAAUUGGCAGUCACUAAUUGGUCCGUUUGCCAAAACACAUGGCCAUCAAUUGACAACCGUCGACAUUGGUAUCAAUUUUCGGGAAGAAACAAAUUUACCGAUAUUUGUUGAGGCAUUGACACAGAUGUCGUUGUCUCCCAAUUUGCGUCGACUAAGUCUAACUAUU